AUGCUAAUUCCAGUUCUAUCUGAUCUUGGGUUAGGUGUUUCACUAUUUCUGUUCAUGAAACAGGUUUAUCUAUUUUUCCCAAUGACUGCAUAGUUUGUCCUGGUGGGGAUCCGUAGUUGGUGGAAUAACAUUGUGAAGAAGAAUGUUGACGUCAAAGUUGAAGAGGAGGACUCAGUGUUAAACAAACUUCGAAUCGUGUCAUUUGCUUGUCCUGGCAGGAAACUUAGUAAAGGAUCAUGGGUAACACAGGCGACCGGAUGUCCGGAGACCGCCAUGGCGCCAAGGCCCAUCGCUCUGACAGCAGAGACAAAGACCACGAGCCCAGCAAGAUGGUGGACAGCACUGAUGACCCUAACAUCUUCAACACACACGGUCUGGGGUCCUCCAAGGUGUCGGACAAGGAUGAGCCCGACCUGGAUGACCUGGUGAAGACCGGGCCUCAGUCCAGGCCCACGGUCAUCCGCUGGGCCGGAGGAGGGAAGGAGGUUUACAUCGCUGGAUCCUUUAACAACUGGGGCAACAAGAUCCACCUCAAUAAGAGCCACAAUGACUUUGUAGCGAUCCUGGACUUGCCAGAGGGAGAGCACCAGUACAAGUUCUUUGUGGACGGACAGUGGGUUCAUGACCCCUCAGAGCCUGUGGUGACCAGUCAGUUGGGCACCAUCAACAACCUGAUCGAGGUGAAGCAGUCGGACUUUGAGGUGUUUGAUGCUCUGCAGGUGGACUCUCUGGAGUCUACCGACACCUCAGACCUGUCCAGCUCCCCUCCAGGUCCCUAUGGACAGGAGCAGUACAUGUUCAGGCCUGAGGAACGCUCCAAAGCCCCGCCCAUCCUCCCCCCACACCUCCUCCAGGUCAUCCUCAACAAGGACACUAACAUCUCUUGCGACCCAGCCUUGCUGCCUGAACCCAACCAUGUGAUGCUCAACCAUCUGUAUGCGCUCUCAAUAAAGGAUGGAGUGAUGGUACUCAGUGCGACUCACAGGUAUAAGAAGAAGUAUGUCACAUCUCUGCUCUACAAGCCCAUCUAACCUGUGUGUGUAGGUGCACAGUGCUAUAGAGGGCAGCAUGUUAAUACUGCGCUGGGUUUAUCCAUGUCAUGUAGUUGAGAUUGGACUAAACUAACAGUUUACAAAAGAGCUGGGGGCAUGUGGCUGAGACUGGGGGGCAAAUCUCAAGACACCCUUUUCCCUGUAGAGUGCACUACACAAUGUAGCACUCAGCAAAUGGUUCAAAGUAGUGCACUCAAUGUGGAAUAGGGUGUCAUUUGAGCUUCAGCCUGUGACUUCACAAGGAGAAAUACUGAAAGUGAACUGUGGCGUUGUCCCAUAAUGCACCCAUAGUUGAAUAGCAAUAAGGGACUGAAAGAAACCACUGUUUGUGUGUGCAGCACUUAGGCUGCGUUUACACAGGCAUCCCAAUUCUGAUCCUUUUUUUCUACUAAUUGGUCUUUUGAUCAAUCACAUCAGAUCUUUUCACAUCAGAUCUUUUUCCGAGCUGAUCUGAUUGGUCAAUUAGUGGAAAAAAGAUCAGAUUUGGGCUGCCUGUGUAAACGCAGCCUUAGAUUCUUUGUGGGUACGUAGAAAGAACAAUUAGUUCCAUUAAAAACAUAAGGGUUUAAAGACAAGUCUGCUGAUGGGACUGUAAAACACAUAUAAUCAACAUGACGUUUUAUUAAAUUAGCUUUUGAAAGGUUAUGUACACGGAAAGAGGGCAGUUGAAUGUUUCUGGCUUGGAUUUAGUGUCCCAAUAGUGUCCCAUUCUUUCUCCAUAUUUUUACUGUAAUUGGACAGUGACUAGACUAAAUGGAGGAUUCUGCAGGGUCUUGUUAUUACUGUAAUUGGACAGUGACUAGACUAAAUGGAGGAUUCUGCAGGGUCUUCCUUGUUAUUACUGUAAUUGGACAGUGACUAGACUAAAUGGAGGAUUCUGCAGGGUCUUGUUAUUACUGUAAUUGGACAGUGACUAGACUAAAUGGAGGAUUCUGCAGGGUCUUCCUUGUUAUUAUUGUAAUUGGACAGUGACUAGACUAAAUGGAGGAUUCUGCAGGGUCUUCCUUGUUAUUACUGUAAUUGGACAGUGACUAGACUAAAUGGAGGAUUCUGCAGGGUCUUCCUUGUUAUUACUGUAAUUGGACAGUGACUAGACUAAAUGGAGGAUUCUGCAGGGUCUUGUUAUUACUGUAAUUGGACAGUGACUAGACUAAAUGGAGGAUUCUGCAGGGUCUUCCUUGUUAUUAUUGUAAUUGGACAGUGACUAGACUAAAUGGAGGAUUCUGCAGGGUCUUCCUUGUUAUUACUGUAAUUGGACAGUGACUAGACUAAAUGGAGGAUUCUGCAGGGUCUUCCUUGUUAUUACUGUAAUUGGACAGUGACUAGACUAAAUGGAGGAUUCUGCAGGGUCUUCCUUGUUAUUACUGUAAUUGGACAGUGACUAGACUAAAUGGAGGAUUCUGCAGGGUCUUCCUUGUUAUUACUGUAAUUGGACAGUGACUAGACUAAAUGGAGGAUUCUGCAGGGUCUUCCUUUUUAUUACUGUAAUUGGACAGUGACUAGACUAAAUGGAGGAUUCUGCAGAGACUUCCUUGUUAUUACUGUAAUUGGACAGUGACUAGACUAAAUGGAGGAUUCUGCAGGGUCUUCCUUGUUAUUACUGUAAUUGGACAGUGACUAGACUAAAUGGAGGAUUCUGCAGGGUCUUCCUUGUUAUUACUGUAAUUGGACAGUGACUAGACUAAAUGGAGGAUUCUGCAGAGACUUCCUUGUUAUUACUGUAAUUGGACAGUGACUAGACUAAAUGGAGGAUUCUGCAGGGUCUUGUUAUUACUGUAAUUGGACAGUGACUAGACUAAAUGGAGGAUUCUGCAGGGUCUUCCUUGUUAUUAUUGUAAUUGGACAGUGACUAGACUAAAUGGAGGAUUCUGCAGGGUCUUCCUUGUUAUUACUGUAAUUGGACAGUGACUAGACUAAAUGGAGGAUUCUGCAGGGUCUUCCUUGUUAUUACUGUAAUUGGACAGUGACUAGACUAAAUGGAGGAUUCUGCAGGGUCUUCCUUGUUAUUACUGUAAUUGGACAGUGACUAGACUAAAUGGAGGAUUCUGCAGAGACUUCCUUGUUAUUACUGUAAUUGGACAGUGACUAGACUAAAUGGAGGAUUCUGCAGGGUCUUGUUAUUACUGUAAUUGGACAGUGACUAGACUAAAUGGAGGAUUCUGCAGGGUCUUCCUUGUUAUUAUUGUAAUUGGACAGUGACUAGACUAAAUGGAGGAUUCUGCAGGGUCUUCCUUGUUAUUAUUGUAAUUGGACAGUGACUAGACUAAAUGGAUGAUUCUGCAGAGACUUCCUUGUUAUUACUGUAAUUGGACAAUGACUAGACUAAAUGGAGGAUUCUGCAGGGUCUUCCUUGUUAUUAUUGUAAUUGGACAGUGACUAGACUAAAUGGAGGAUUCUGCAGGGUCUUCCUUGUUAUUACUGUAAUUGGACAGUGACUAGACUAAAUGGAGGAUUCUGCAGGGUCUUCCUUGUUAUUAUUGUAAUUGGACAGUGACUAGACUAAAUGGAGGAUUCUGCAGGGUCUUCCUUGUUAUUACUGUAAUUGGACAGUGACUAGACUAAAUGGAGGAUUCUGCAGGGUCUUCCUUGUUAUUACUGUAAUUGGACAGUGACUAGACUAAAUGGAGGAUUCUGCAGGGUCUUCCUUGUUAUUACUGUAAUUGGACAGUGACUAGACUAAAUGGAGGAUUCUGCAGGGUCUUCCUUGUUAUUACUGUAAUUGGACAGUGACUAGACUAAAUGGAGGAUUCUGCAGGGUCUUCCUUUUUAUUACUGUAAUUGGACAGUGACUAGACUAAAUGGAGGAUUCUGCAGAGACUUCCUUGUUAUUACUGUAAUUGGACAGUGACUAGACUAAAUGGAGGAUUCUGCAGGGUCUUCCUUGUUAUUACUGUAAUUGGACAGUGACUAGACUAAAUGGAGGAUUCUGCAGGGUCUUCCUUGUUAUUACUGUAAUUGGACAGUGACUAGACUAAAUGGAGGAUUCUGCAGAGACUUCCUUGUUAUUACUGUAAUUGGACAGUGACUAGACUAAAUGGAGGAUUCUGCAGGGUCUUGUUAUUACUGUAAUUGGACAGUGACUAGACUAAAUGGAGGAUUCUGCAGGGUCUUCCUUGUUAUUAUUGUAAUUGGACAGUGACUAGACUAAAUGGAGGAUUCUGCAGGGUCUUCCUUGUUAUUACUGUAAUUGGACAGUGACUAGACUAAAUGGAGGAUUCUGCAGGGUCUUCCUUGUUAUUACUGUAAUUGGACAGUGACUAGACUAAAUGGAGGAUUCUGCAGGGUCUUCCUUGUUAUUACUGUAAUUGGACAGUGACUAGACUAAAUGGAGGAUUCUGCAGAGACUUCCUUGUUAUUACUGUAAUUGGACAGUGACUAGACUAAAUGGAGGAUUCUGCAGGGUCUUGUUAUUACUGUAAUUGGACAGUGACUAGACUAAAUGGAGGAUUCUGCAGGGUCUUCCUUGUUAUUAUUGUAAUUGGACAGUGACUAGACUAAAUGGAGGAUUCUGCAGGGUCUUCCUUGUUAUUACUGUAAUUGGACAGUGACUAGACUAAAUGGAGGAUUCUGCAGAGACUUCCUUGUUAUUACUGUAAUUGGACAGUGACUAGACUAAAUGGAGGAUUCUGCAGGGUCUUCCUUGUUAUUACUGUAAUUGGACAGUGACUAGACUAAAUGGAGGAUUCUGCAGGGUCUUCCUUGUUAUUACUGUAAUUGGACAGUGACUAGACUAAAUUGAGGAUUCUGCAGGGUCUUCCUUGUUAUUAUUGUAAUUGGACAGUGACUAGACUAAAUGGAGGAUUCUGCAGGGUCUUCCUUGUUAUUAUUGUAAUUGGACAGUGACUAGACUAAAUGGAUGAUUCUGCAGAGACUUCCUUGUUAUUACUGUAAUUGGACAGUGACUAGACUAAAUGGAGGAUUCUGCAGGGUCUUCCUUGUUAUUACUGUAAUUGGACAGUGACUAGACUAAAUGGAGGAUUCUGCAGGGUCUUCCUUGUUAUUACUGUAAUUGGACAGUGACUAGACUAAAUGGAGGAUUCUGCAGGGUCUUCCUUGUUAUUACUGUAAUUGGACAGUGACUAGACUAAAUGGAGGAUUCUGCAGAGACUUCCUUGUUAUUACUGUAAUUGGACAGUGACUAGACUAAAUGGAGGAUUCUGCAGGGUCUUCCUUGUUAUUACUGUAAUUGGACAGUGACUAGACUAAAUGGAGGAUUCUGCAGAGACUUCCUUGUUAUUACUGUAAUUGGACAGUGACUAGACUAAAUUGAGGAUUCUGCAGGGUCUUCCUUGUUAUUAUUGUAAUUGGACAGUGACUAGACUAAAUGGAGGAUUCUGCAGGGUCUUCCUUGUUAUUAUUGUAAUUGGACAGUGACUAGACUAAAUGGAUGAUUCUGCAGAGACUUCCUUGUUAUUACUGUAAUUGGACAGUGACUAGACUAAAUGGAGGAUUCUGCAGGGUCUUCCUUGUUAUUACUGUAAUUGGACAGUGACUAGACUAAAUGGAGGAUUCUGCAGAGACUUCCUUGUUAUUACUGUAAUUGGACAGUGACUAGACUAAAUGGAGGAUUCUGCAGGGUCUUCCUUGUUAUUACUGUAAUUGGACAGUGACUAGACUAAAUGGAGGAUUCUGCAGGGUCUUCCUUGUUAUUACUGUAAUUGGACAGUGACUAGACUAAAUGUUUGAUUCCAAAGGGACGAUGACCACUGAUAAAAUCAGGAUAUGCAAUUGGAUAGGCUGUGUAAUUUUAAUUGAACUGAAGUAUAACAAACUAUGGGUAUUAAAUGGUAUAUCCCAUUUAAUCACUUUAAACUAAAGGCCUCAUAUUACAUAUCAAGUAGGAGUUGUGAAAUGUUGGCCUGUGUCCUGUAGAUCUCUGCUUAGUUCUGCUAUUGCCUUCAUGAAAGGAUGCUGCAAGCACUUUAGCUACACGUGUGUCUCCAAAAAAUGCUUUGAGCAGGACUGUUGACAUAAACUUUGAACUAUGCAGAUACACGGACACAUCUGGUAGCUUUACAUUGAACCUCAGUGUCCAGUCUGCAUGUUAGAGAUGGAGAAAUAGCUGUUCUGUGUGUGUGUUUUUUUCAUUCUAUUUUCUAUUUAUCCAAUAGAAAUCGAUGUAUCUGUUACAUUUUCUGUAUUUAUAGCAAAGAAACAAACAUAUAAUGGUUUGUCUUGAAUGUCGUGCAUGAUUUGAAUGUCUAAUACGAACAGUUUACUGUGGAAUGUGUGGUGGAUUUCACAACUGUGAUUCUAUCAAGAUUAAACAUUUGUGGCAAAUUGCCAAUAUUGAUUUCAUAAGAAUGUUAAGUGUAAUUUACUUUCAUCAAUAAUGUUAAAUUAUGUUAAACUACUCAGAUUUGACCAUAAAUGUAUUUCAUUUUUUAUCAUUUUGAGAGAAUAUUGUACCUAUUGCUAGGUAGGUGAUAUACUCCAAAGAGAAGAUAAUAUAUAAUUACAAAUUUUAUUUGAAGAAACUGAGAAAAAGCUAUCUCUCGCUCUGUUUGAGAAUAUAGGAUAUUCUGGUGCUUUAUUUGGCAAAAAACAAAACUUGAAUUUUAAAACGGUUAGCUAACAUGUUUGUUUUUGAAAAUACUUUGCAGCAUCACUGUGUAAGCCAUGUACUAUAGAAGGUUGUUUCACUUGUUUGCAAAUAAAAAGGGAAGACGUGUUGACCCUGAAUAUCA